AUGGGAAUCAAAAAGCUUUCAUUAAUGUUCACCAUGUGCUGAUGUGCUCAGCACUCAACAGACCCCAUUAUGACAUCACAAUGUAACGGAAGCCUUGCCAUGAUAUCAUUCCUGGUUCCAUCUGACAAGCAACAUUUAAUUUCCACUCAUUUCAUGAUAGAUCUCUCACAGAGAUAGGUUAAGUUCUUAUUUUGAGAGUGUUAAUAUUUAUCAUCAAUGGCUUAUCGAGGGAGAAAAUCAAGUGAGUUUGACAAACUCCAGAAGGAGAACUCACAGAUGAAGAGCGUCAUCGAAAACCUGAGGAAGCAAAACAUGGAUUUAAACCAACAGGAUGACCAGGACAAGUUUUCAAGUUUUGGCUAUCAGGAGAGCUACCCAAUCCCAGAGGGCCAUCGUGGCUUCAUCAGUGAUGCCAGACUUCUGCAGAUGCAGAGAGCUGAGAGAGAGGCCAUGGAAGCAAAGCAAAGAAAGAUAAGUGCUAUCCAUGAGAAUUAUGUCCGGACUGCUCUCAUCGGGGUUGGCAGCACCUUCGCACACCACUUCGUCCCCUCUAUUCAGUGCAUUCCGCGGCCGAAAGCUCCACCGAGGCCUUUGCCACGAAGGCUUGAACACUUAGCUCUGGCCCCACUGAAGAACGUGGUGGGGGUGGACGGAGCCCAAGUUCGACCCGGAUCUCACUCUCUGGAGUACAUCCAGGUAAAUAAGUCAUUCAGCAGCAGUAGCGUGUGGCCUGUUCCCGUCCCUCCAACUGGAGCUCCCUCCAAGAGGGGCAAGAAGAAGAAGGGUAGGCAGGGAGUCAAAGCCCUGCUCCGACUGGGCUUUCAGGGCUUUGACUCACACUAAUGUAAAUUAGACAGG